UUGGCUGUCCCACUGCCCAUGGCCACUCCUUGUGUUUACAUUCGAUGGCUAUUCUUUCUCUCUCAUCUAUCCUCUUAUUUAUUCCGGCUACUUGUGUCACACUCCGGCAGGUGUCACUCUCCGGCGACAUUAUUCCUCUUCUAUAUAUUUAUACUUUCAUACCCACCCCCCUUACAUGGAAAAAAAAGUUAUAUACACACUUUGACGUACAAAAAAGGUCUUUUUACAUCAAAAAAGAAAAGCAAAAGCAUCUAGGGUUUUGAGAGGACGUGAGUUUGGCAUGUAAAACAUAGUACAAAGUACUACGAAACCUACCUAAUCCACAAUUUCUUCAUUGAAAUGAAUCCGGGAUUCAUGCAACAACAAGAAGCUUUUUUCAGUGUGAAUGAUCAUCAUCACCUUCAAGAUAUGUUUACUUUAGGUAUGGUUGAUAAAGAUUCAGCCUUGAACAUCGUGAAACCGGACCCGGAGAUGGAGGAAUGUUGGGUCGGGUUCGAUGCGGGUGCGUAUGGUGGUCAGUUGGGUUAUGGAUAUCUGAACCAAAACACAGCUUUGAAGGUGUCAAAUAUACAUGGGAAUGCAAGUUCAGUUUUAGUGUCACCUAAGAAGAGGAAAGCUGAUAAGGGUCAAACCCUACAGGUAGUUUCUGAAAAAGAAAAGAAAAUAAAAGGAUGUUGCGACAGAGAUUCUAAACUCACACGUCAAAAUAGUAACGGUAACAAUAACAGUAACGGUAACAACCACAACAAAGAAGCUUCUACGAAAGCUACAUCUAAAGAUAAACCGAAGGUUUCCGAGGACCAAAAGAAAGAUUAUAUUCAUGUUAGAGCACGCCGUGGUCAAGCCACAGACAGCCAUAGUCUAGCAGAAAGAGUAAGGAGGGAGAAAAUCAGUGAAAGAAUGAAGUACCUGCAGGAUUUGGUUCCAGGCUGCAACAAGAUCAUAGGGAAAGCUGGAAUGCUUGAUGAAAUCAUUAACUAUGUUCAGUCCCUUCAAAAACAAGUGGAGUUUCUGUCCAUGAAGCUUGCAAGUGUUAAUCCAGAGCUAGAUUUCAACAUGGAUAACACAUUCACAAAAGAGAUGUUUGAUUCCUCGACAAGCGAAUUUCCAGCACUCGCGUGCUCUUCAGCGAAUUCUGCAUAUUUUGAUCAGUUGAACUCAUUGGAUCAAGUUGUUUCAUAUCGCGGCUUAGACAUGGGAAUUAACUCAGCAGAAAUGGGAUUAAGAAGUAUUAGUUCUCCUAUUUCAAUUCCUGAAACAUUUAUGGAUUCAUCUUUUUUCAAUCAAACUGCAACAUGGGAUGCUGAUUUACAGAAUUUGUACAAAAUGGAGUUUGAACAAGGAAGAUUGAUACCAUUUCAGUCCCAUCAAUUUACAGGUUUAAAUGAUGCAAAGUAAUCUGAAGAUGACGUGAUUAGAUUUAGAGGAUUUUUUUUUUUUUUUUUUUUUUUUUGUGGCAUGGGCUAAACAAGGGCGGACUUAAGACAAAUUCAAGGUGGGCGGGCGCACCCCCGGGAAAACAAAUUUUAGUGCUAAGUUCCGUCGAAAAUCCCGUCCGCACCUCUUGGAAUUUUCCGUCCGCACCCCUUGGAAUUUUCCGUUCGCAUCUCUUGGAAUUUUAGUGAAGAAUGUUUGGCUUUUUCUUUUUAUGGUGUAUAUGUUCUUUAAAUGAUUUUUAGGGUUAUUUACAUUAUGAUUUCUAGGGGCUUGAAUAGUUAAUAUAUUAUUUAAUAUGUUAUGGAGCCAUGUUUGGGAUAUUGAUUUCAAAAAAUGAAAACCCGUAGGGUGACGUUUUAAUUAUGUUUGUAACAAGGUUUGACAUAUUUUUGA